AAGAAAGAAAAAAAAAAACCCGAAAGGGGACACACGGCCCGGAACACCAAUCAACUCUCUUCAGCCCAAGCAGGGCUAGUCCGCGACAGAAACAGAGCCAGACCGAACUAACCCGAACGCACCAACCCAAUGCCCGCAUUCUUCCCCUUCAUCCCGGGCACCGAGACCGGCCGCGCCGCACGCCAACAUGCAAGCGACUCCUCUCCACUCCUCGGCCGCUUCCGCGCCGUGCCCCGGCAGCCGCAGCAGCAACAUAUCGGGCUCCUGUCUACCGGUGGCCGCGGCAGCGUGCACGUCGGGUACGGCGCGUUAGUAAUCGGGCCCCAGGACGACGGUGACGAUGACGACGACGACGACGACGACGAUGAUGAUGAUGGUAGUAAUAAUGAUAAUGAUAAUCGACGAUGUGGGUACACGGCGAAGAGGAAGAUACGUCGGUUUGCGCGGGUCUCCCGCCGGAGCGUCAGGGACUUGUGGAUAGCGCCGCGGCAGACGGCCGUCAAGCGCGUGGUUGAGAGUUGGUGGAGUCGUUGGGGAGUUCUGGUAUUCUUGCCUGCUGCUUUGGCGGUAGCAUGGUGCGCGAUUCCAUUCCCCCAGUAUUCCUUCGCGCCCGACUCGCACGGCCACACGAGGCCUCAUGGCCAUCCCGAUACCGAACUGGAUCCUUCUUCCAAGCACCGAGUGCCCGGUCACGGUAAGGCGCGCGUACAGGUCAACUUUUGGUUCUUCCUUUUCGUCUACUACGGCUUCUAUAACCUGACGGCCCUGAUCUGGAUAACCAAAGUAUUCAACCUCUACUCCCUCAAUUGGUGGCCGUCCGCUCUCGGCUUCCCUGUGACCAUCUCGUUAAUAGCCAUCCUUUCGAUCGCGGCUCCCAUCCCCGUAUACCUGAUUAGAGAGGCGCGCUUCUUGACGGUUCACAACACGGCUUGGGUUAGCUGGACUUUCGUCAUCAUGGCGAUGCCCGUAGCUAUCGCUUUCUGCAUCCUCAUGACGCACGAACGCCACUUGGGGCUGAGGCACUCGCUAAGCGAAACUCAGCGCAUAUUUACGAGUUCGUGGUGGGCUGGGAAGUCGGACACGCUAUCGGUUACCCGAGAUUACAACCGGCGCCGGGGGAUCAGGGGUAGCACAUUCGAUCCCGACGCCGCGCUGCAGAUUGCAGACCGGCCGCGACAAGCUAUGCCGGCAUUCAUGCAAAGACGUAACUGGUUACCCGCCAGCUUCGUACGGUUUGUGUGGUUUUGUCUGGCGCUUUUCGUCGGUCUAUUAGCCUAUCUGAUAGGAGAGGCGUAUGCCGAGAUCUAUCUACGCACGCUACCACACAACAGUUUCGAAACCAUCGUCUACGUUUACAGCUGGGUCGUGACGGUCCAUUUGCUAGAUGCACUUACAGGCUGGAUUCUUGGUGGCAGCGAGGGGGAGCGCGUGGGAAGCUACCCCCUGAGCUGGAUCUUCAAGCUGUACUUCAUGUUAACCUACCAAACUUACGUUCGCGCCUUAUACGCGCGCCUCCGUUCGCCGUCGCAAUUCAUCUGGCUUCAAGCGCUCUCGUCCGGUUUUCUCAUCCUCCUUACUCCUCUCACCAUGACGCAAACGUAUCAUCGCGUACUAUCGAUGCUAGGUCUGACCACCCAGUCGUACGGCUCCUAUCAGAAGAUAUGCACCAGAAACGUCUUCAUCCGCUUUCUGGCGGAAAACGUGAGCAUGCUCACAUUCUUGGGGAGCAUCUUGGUACUGCACUUCGGAGCCAACAAGGAUGUGUACCCGUACUUUGCAUUCGAUGACCCCGAUGAACUGUACGAUUUCGAGCUGACUUUCUACGCGUCCAUGAUUACUUGGGCUUGCGAGUUGACAGCAGGAAUCGUGCUCAGAGGCUUGAUUCGGUGCAUCUUUGGGGUUAACGCUAACGUCGAGGGGAAAAUGGACCUAGCAGUGUGGCCGGAGCUGCUACCCACGAGUGUGGCUGUCAUGCUACACGUAUUGCAGAGCAUGUUAUUUUCAAUCAUUCGGUUGCAAUUCCGGUGACGGGAUGGUGGAGGAGUCUUUGUCUAGUUGAUGUGGAGAGAGUGGAUUGGUGGCCCCUGACACUUUUUGCAGCUCGGUUAAGCGUGGCCAACAAAUACUGCGCUUCAACGACCAAAGCAAGCGGAUCGAACCUUAUCGCAGAGAAAGGCACUAGGGGGAACUGAUGGUGGUCGGUCGACAGGGUUCUUGGUCGCCAGGUCGCGCGGACAAUGUUCCGGGAUGCGGAGUAGAUGAUACCCUUUUUAGAAUAAAUAUUGUAGA